AUGGGCAAUGGUAUUGCUUCUGAAAAUCUUUCUCAAUGUCCCUGUCCUUUAGCUCCUGCACCAGCAAUACAUCAUCAUAUAGGAUUGUUUUUAAGUCUUUGGCACCAAUAUCGUGGUGUAUUUCUUCAAACUGUUUAUUAUCUAGUCAUAAUGUUGGUUGGUGUAGGCGAGAUAUUUCUUGUCAACCAUAAGGAAUCUGAUAGACUAGUUUGGUUUAGGGAAGCAUUAGGAAACUUGGGCCAACUAAAUAAAUCAUUAAUUGAAAUCACUGUUCUUAGGUUGAUAGUGUUUCUUGGAGACGUGUUCUGUGACCCUAACGAAGUGGAUUUGGCACUAUUUCUAACCUUUGUUUUUGCUUACCUACAUUUUGCUUCAGUGUUCAAACUCAUUGGCAUAGGGAAUGACUUCGGAUGGCUCGACGGGCUGGUAUCGGUGAUCCUCACAGCCUUUGAGCACUUUGUGAGGCCAUGGUCCUUCAUGCAGCUCCUAGGGAUUGUUCUCACCACGAUAGUUGUCUGUUACAAGAACACCAUGUGGUCCGGUCAAGGCAAGAAGCUUCAACGAGAAGGAACUCAAGAAGAAAGCACAGGACUAAUUGAGAUGACAACAUUGACAAGGCAACAUCAAGAUGAGGUUGCAUAA